AUGGUGUUCGGACCCAUUCCCAACCGCGAGUACCAUGAAGGCUUCAUGCGCAAGGCCGUCGAAAUGGCCGAGCUAGCACUCCUGUCUGAUGAGACGCCCGUCGGCUGCGUCUUCGUACACAACGACGAGGUCAUUGGCCGAGGGAUCAAUGGCACGAAUGCUUCACUCAAUGGAACCCGUCAUGCCGAAUUCGUCGCCCUAGCCGAAAUCAUGGCCAAACAUCCCGCCAGCAUCCUGCAAGAUACAGACCUCUAUGUCACGGUCGAACCAUGCAUCAUGUGUGCCUCCGCCCUCCGCCAAUACAAGAUCCGCGCUGUCUACUUCGGCUGCCUCAAUGAUCGCUUCGGAGGCUGUGGGGGCGUGAUGACAGUACAUCAGGAUCGUGGUGUGGACCCACCAUAUCCUGUCUACGGCGGGCUGUUCAGGGAGGAGGCGAUUAUGCUGCUGAGGAAGUUUUAUGUGCAGGAGAAUAACAAGGCACCCGAUCCCAAGCCUAAGAAGAAUCGCGAACUUAAGACUGAGAUUCUGCCCAUCUCGACACCCAAGGUGGCGACUCCAACUGUAUCGACCCCGGACGUCGAACCGAAGCUACCAAUACUGGAGCGUGCUGCUGCGGCUGCUGCGACUGCCAACAUGAAAGGGCCUGCAAAGUGA